AUGAGUUCGUUUUUUCACUCGACCCCUUCGGCCGUCAAAAACCUUCUCGGCUGGAAGCAAGGCGAUGAGGAAGAGAAAUGGGCCGAAUGCGCCAUUCAAACGCUCGUCAAAAAGCUCCGAAAGAAGAAAGGUGCCAUAGAGGCGCUAGAAAAGGCACUCAAACACGGGAAAGAUCCACAAGUUUACACAGAAUGCAUAACAAUACAACGGAGUCUGGACGGCAGAUUGCAGAUUAAUCAUCGAAAGGGACUACCGCAUGUGAUUUAUUGUCGAGUUUGGCGCUGGCCGGAUUUACAGAGCCACCAUGAGUUGAAAGCAACGCCACACUGCAAGUUUCCCUACGACACGAAGCAUCAAAAAGACGUCUGCAUCAACCCUUAUCACUACACGCGCGUUGAGACUCCCAUGCUGCCGCCGGUCUUGGUCCCCCGUGAGAACCACUUUGGCGUGCCUGGAUACAGCAUGCUUCACGGCAAUCAACAGCAUCGACUGCCUGUCCAACCUCUGAACAAUUCGAACAACAACUUUCAUCAAACAGGACAAUUUCCAAACUAUCCCCAAUAUCCUGGAGGACCAACAAACUCGCCUCACUUUGGUCAUGGAGGGCCACCCAGAAGUCCUAAUCCCCAGGGUCAGCCUCCGCAAUACAACUUUCACUCGCCUCCUAGAAGCCAACCAAUCCCUCCAUCGAAUUUGCCAUCACCUUCUACGCCUUCUUCCGUUCAUCAGACCUUACCACCAUCGCAUAGCGGCUCCUAUCUGCAACACAACCAGUUCCAACCUAGACCUUCGUUUCCAAAUGGAAAUCCGCUUUACGCACAUUCGCCGCAUUCUCCCUCACCACGACAGUUCCAUCCCCAAUCGAUGGUGCCUCCUCAUUCUCAAUCAUCGCCGCAAUCUCUUGGACCGUUCGGACAAUCUCCUGGAGCUGUUUCCCCGCCCCCGACAACCGGCCCCAUUCAUUCAUCAUCUCCUCUCCAUUCCCAAUCUCCACUCAGUCAGAGCUCUAGUUUCAACUCUCCGUUCCAGCCUUCUUCUCCCCAGAGCCCCGUUCAACGACCUAACAUCGCGCCUUUCAUCAAAACUCAGCCGGAUUCUCCAUCUCCAAGCUCUCCUGGUUCGGACGAAUCAAUGUCGGCUAACUCGCCUCAGCCGAAACCCCGGGUGAACAGCACAAUCUCUACUCAGGACGUUUCGCCAGUUCACUAUGCCGAGCCUAAGUGCUGGUGCCAGAUCACUUAUUACGAAUUAAAUCAUCGAGUCGGCGUUCCGUUCGACUGUGAGAGUAAAGCCAUUACUGUAGAUGGCUUUACGGAUCCGUCAUCUGGAGCCAAUCGAUUCUGCCUUGGAUUGCUCUCUAAUGUCAACCGGAAUUCUACGAUAGAAAAUACGAGGCGGCACAUUGGAAAAGGAGUCCAUCUGUAUUAUACCGGCGGCGAAGUGUUCGCCGAAUGUCUUUCUGAUGCAGCAAUAUUCGUUCAAAGCCAGAAUUGCAAUCACACGCACAGUUUUCAUCCGACUACUGUUUGCAAGAUACCCCCUGGAAACUCAUUAAAAAUCUUCAAUAACCAGGGAUACAUACAAGACACAAAUACAGCCUUCCUGGCGUCAACCCUUUUCAAAAACGGAAUCAAAUUGAGCCAAAUCGCGGUCCUUCCAGACGAUAAAAACCUCAUUGCCGAGCAAGUAGCACUUUUUUCGCGUAAAUUCGACGUGGUAAUUACUUCUGGCGGCAUUGGUCCAACCCAUGAUGAUAUUACCUUCGAAUCUGUCGCUGCGGCCUUUGAUGAGGACGUAGAGGUCGAUUCUGAAUUAGCAAAGAUUGUUAGGAAGAUUUUUGGCAACGUAGAGGACGAUUCACCCCACAUGAAAUUGUGCACAAUUCCGCAGUCCUCUAAAUUGCUAUUCAAAGGGCCCGAUGGGACUCCUUUUCGCUACCCUAUCGUGACUGUCAAUAAUGUCUACGUACUGCCCGGCAUUCCAUCUCUUUUCGAGCGCGCAAUAUCCAACAUCGUCGGAUACUGGGCUCAAGAUAUAACUCUUCAUAAGAAAACAAUCCGACUGAAGUGUCACGAGACAGAAGUGGCCGAUGUUCUUACAGACGCUUCAAAGUUGUUUUCAGAUGUAAAUAUCGGCUCCUAUCCGAGCUGGACAAAUAACUACGAAAAAGUGCUGAUAACAAUCGAUAGCGAUAAUUUGGAAAGAGUCCAAGAUUGCCAGAACUAUCUAAAAGAGCGAAUAGAGUCGGGAAAAAUGGUCGACGAAAACAUUAACUGCGAGCCUUGGACCCUCGAGGGAGCCGAUGUGCUGAAACUUCUAGAGGAAGAUUCUGCUCUCGGCGGGAAAGUAAGAAAGGCGAUGGAAGUGAUUGAGAGCGCCAUGGAAAAAUAUGGCGAUGGAUUGAGUUUGGCUUUCAACGGCGGCAAGGAUUGUACAGUUCUUCUUCAUUUAUACUUUGCCGCGUUGAAGAAAAACAAAUCGACGACGAGGAUAAAGUCGAUUUACAUCGAAUCCGACAAGGCGGAAAUGUUCGAGGAGAUGGACGAGUUUUUGGAGAUUUCGCACAAAAGAUAUGGCAUCGAUGUGAUACGAACCAACGGUGGAAUCAAGGAAGCCUUGUUCAAAAUCAAAGAAUCUCACCCUGAAAUCAAAGCUAUUCUAAUGGGUACUCGUUUCGAUGAUCCGCAUGGAAAAUAUCUUCAAGAUUUUUCACCAACAGACACAGAUAAAGGUUGGCCUGAAUACAUGCGAGUGAAUCCGAUUCUAACUUGGGAUUAUACAGAUAUUUGGGGCUUUCUUCGUAAACUUUACGUUCCUUACUGUAUUCUUUACGACCGCGGAUACAGUUCCAUUGGCCCGAAAUCGAAAACAUUUCCAAAUCCAGACCUCGUUUCCAAGGACGCCACUGGAAAAGUGAUCGUUAAACCAGCGUAUACUUUGGUCAACAAUGAACUUGAGCGAUCCGGGCGAAACUGA